UUGGGGUUGGGCUCAACAUGGCGCGCUCUCUCGCUCUCCUCUGCCUGCUGGCGGUUCUGGGCUCCGCCUCUGCUGUGGACCUGCAAUCCUUCCUCACCGACCCGAAAUAUGCUCCUUUCCUCAAGAAGGCCCUGGGCACCGUCACCUGCCUGACCGACGCCUCUGUCACGGGGGGUACUUUCGACCUCGACCUGUGCCCCAGCGUGCUGGCAGGCCUGGAGCAGCUGGAAAGCGGCGCCACCGACAUCGUCGUCGACUGCGAGCCGGCCUGCGCGGCGACCUUCUACACCCUCAGCGAGCAGUGCCUGUCCGAGCUGACCGGCGCCUUCAACGCAGAUCCCGAGCCCGUGGGCAUCAUGGGCUCUGAGUUUCUGGCCACUUGCGCGGUGGUGCACUCCGGUGGCGGCGCCGGGGCGCCCUCGCCCGCCCCGGCCUCCGAGGGCGCCGUCGUGGCGGGCGCGCCCGCGCCUGCCCGCCGCUGAGCACGCGCAGACCCGGCACCGGGGCCGGCUCGCAGCCAGCCACGGGCCUGGAUGGCCCCCGCUGCCUGCCCCUCGCCCACCUGCCGACGACCCGUGACGUACCGUGACAACCCCCUGAGCCCCGAUUGCUGCCGAUCUUGUCCCUACCCCCUCCCCCUGCACCUCCAUCCACCUCUUCGCCUGGCGUGCCGUGCCUGCCCACAGGCCGGCCUGUUGACCUGAAUAAGCCAACCGCAGUUUUUUCUACACCCUAGUACCUUUUGCUGUUUGCCAUUGCAAUCACAUUGAUUGUAACAAGGCACACUC